CCUGCUUGAAAGGAGUGCAUAUAUCAUUAUUUACUAACAAACAUCACCAUGAAAAUCUCUCUUUUCUACCUGUUUUCCUACUUUGUGCUCUUACACUACCAUAUCAAUGAAUCUACCGCAUCACCAGAUAAUGGUGACAUUUACAUCAUAUACAUGGGAUCUAACAAAAAUAGCUACGAUGUGAUUCUUAGCUCGUUGUUACGAAGGAACAAGAAUGCAUUAGUACACAGCUACAAGCAUGGAUUAUCUGGAUUUGCUGCACAUUUAUCAGACUCAGAGGCACAUCAACUGACUAAUGAACCUGGGGUUGUGUCCGUGUUUCCAGACCCCGUGUAUCAACUCCACACAACGCGUUCAUGGGAUUUUUUGCAACGCGAAAUUUCCUUACUAACUGACUCUCAACCACGCUCUAAUGCUCCUGUGUUAUCCUCUCAAGGAUCAGAUACUAUUAUUGGAAUCUUAGAUACAGGUAUCUGGCCAGAAUCUGAGAGCUUUAUUGACAAAGACAUGGGCCCAAUUCCAUCAAGAUGGAAAGGGAAAUGUAUGGAGGGAUCCGACUUCAGUUCUUCAAAUUGUAGCAAAAAAUUGAUAGGAGCAAGAUACUACAAGGAUGAUGACAUUAGUGCUGUAACUCACUCGGCUAGAGAUACCUUAGGCCACGGCACACAUGUAGCAUCAACAGCGGCAGGUGUUCCAGUUGCAAACGCAUCAUACUACGGGUUAGCUAGAGGGGAAGCAAGGGGUGGAUCACCUUCAUCACGCAUAGCUAUGUAUCGCGUGUGCUAUGAUGACGGAUGCCCUGGAUCUGCUAUCUUGGCUGCAUUUGAUGAUGCUAUAGCAGAUGGCGUUGAUCUGUUGUCCUUAUCGCUCGGUUCUUCUGCUGUCUUUGCACCUGAUUUUGCCACUGAUCCUAUAGCUAUUGGCUCUUUCCAUGCAGUAGAGAAGGGAAUCACUGUGGUUUGCUCUGCAGGGAAUGAUGGACCUUCUCCUCAAACUGUAGUUAAUGUGGCUCCCUGGAUCUUAACUGUUGCUGCUAGUACCAUUGAUCGCGAUCUCCAAUCUGAUAUUAUCUUAGGCAACAAUAAAGUGAUUAAGGGUGAAUCCAUAAACUUCUCAGAUCUUGAUAACUCCCCAAAAUAUCCACUAGUUUCUGGUGGUGCUGCCAAGAGUAAGUCUGCAAGUGAAGAGGAUGCAAGGAACUGCUACCCAGAUUCAAUUGAUGCAGAUAAAAUCAAAGGAAAAUUAGUCCUUUGCCAACAUAAAGAAGGUGGUUUUAGUAUGAGAGCGAAGCAGAUGGGAGUUAAGAGCCGUGGUGGAUUAGGAAUGAUAUUUAUCAAUGAUGCAACGCGGUUAGUUGCCUCUAAUUGGGGGACCUUUCCAGUGACUGUGAUCACCUCAACAGAUGCUACAGAAAUCCUUGAUUACAUCAAUGCAACUGAGAAUUCGGUUGCAACAAUCUUAGCUACAAAAACAAUCCAAAAAUUUCAGCCAGCACCAACAGUUGCCUAUUUCUCUGCAAGAGGUCCCUCAACAAGCACGAAAAACAUUCUCAAGCCUGAUAUUUCAGCACCAGGAGUAAGUAUAAUCGCAGCGUGGUUAGCUAAUGAUACAUCAGCAGAAACCACACCUGAGGGAAGAGAACCUCCUAAAUUCAACGUGCUUUCUGGGACCUCUAUGUCUUGCCCGCAUGUUGCAGGCAUUGCUGCCAACAUUAAAUCUCAUAAUCCUUCUUGGAGUCCUGCUGCCUUAAGAUCUGCUAUAAUGACAACUGCAAGUCAAAACAACAAUAUGAAAGAGCCAAUAACCACGCAAAAAGGAGAAGUGGCCACACCAUAUGAUUUUGGAGCAGGAGAGGUGAGUCCAACAGGAGGACUACAACCAGGACUAGUUUAUGACAUCGAACCAUCAGAAUACCUGCAAUUUUUGUGUUAUUAUGGAUACAAUAUCACCACCAUUAAGCUCAUUGCAGCUCAAAUUCCGAGUGGAUUUUCUUGCCCGAGUAAUUCAAGCACCAACAUGAUAUCGAACAUUAACUACCCAUCUAUAGCUGUGUCGAUGAAUGGUACGACAGCUCCUAUUACCGUGAAGAGGACUGUCACUAAUGUUGAUGCUGAUGAAGAGACAAUCUAUACUGUAACUGUAGAUAAACCUUCAGAAGUUGAGGUAACUGUAAGUCCUAGUGAACUGAAGUUUACAGUAGAUACAAAAAAGUUGGAUUACCAGGUCACAUUUUCGGCUUCCUCUUCUUCUGCUAAAAGGGAUCUAUUUGGGGCAAUCACAUGGAAGAGUAAGAAGUACAAAGUGAGAAGUCCAAUUGUUGUAAUCCCUUAGUAACUCUAAUAUAGUAAGUUAAAACCAAAGUGGAGUUUGAGUUUGAGUAAUUUAGUAUACAUUACAAACAUCUCACUUUUGCCCAAAGGGCUACUAUAAUAAUCAAUCUUAUAUGAAAAACUUAAGAGAGUUAUUUCCAGUUUAUGAAAAACAAGAAGACUGGAAGAAGAGCACUUGUGUGAACAAGCUACUGGGGAAUAUGAUGUUCUAUCCAUCUGUAUCAAAGGAUUUUCUUUAGCCACUCUAAUCAAAGCUCAUAUUGCUUGAUCUUGAUUUCUAGAAAAUCAAGGGCAUGUGUAUCUUCAAAA